UACAUUUGGAUAUCAGUGACCACUCUGCAAUACUUGCCAGGCUGCCAAUUUCAGCAAGUCACCACUUGAAGGGACAGCAUCUGCGCAAGACUCGCUGUUUGCACAAAGUGGAUUGGAAUAUGUUUACAUGUGACCUGGAGAAGACGCUAACUACCUGUGACUCUGUCUGUGUGGAUAUGCUUGCGUCGUCACUCACUGCGGGAAUCCAGACCACUCUAGACAAACAUGCUCCACUUCGGGAACGGCGCCGCAAAUCUCGACGCCCUUGCCCCUGGAUUACAGAUGAGUUAGUGGCAAGUGUUCGUGAACGGAACCGGGCGCAUCGUCUCUGGCUCCGAGACAAAACCGAUCAGAACCUUCAAGAAGCACACCGAUCAGCUUGCUCCAAAGCACGGAAGUUGGACAGGAGUCUGCGCAACUUGUACUUCACUAAGAGAUGUGAUACAUCAGAUCAACGGCAACUUUGGGCUGUCAUGAACGAUGUCACAGGCCUACAGAAGACACGGAAAGAACCUGAAGCGCCGCUUGAGUCACUCAGUAAAUUGUUUGGAGACAUUGUGCAUGACCCUAUGCGGCCACCUGAGCUGCAUAUACCACAUGGUCCAGCCUCUGCAUCUAGCUUCUCAACAUUUCAGCCGGAGUUCGCGGACGACAUCAUCCUAGAUUAUUCUGAUUCAGAUCUGGACACUGUUUGCAAGACGUUGACUACGGCUGUGACACGUCUGUCUGACUGGCUCUCCGAAAUUGGGCUUCUGCUGAAUACCGGCAAAACCCAAGUCAUGGUAAUUCAACCUCGGGGACUCACUGGCGACAUACCAGUCGUAAAAUGUAAGGAUCAAGCCUUAACUGUUACCUCCACUGCCAAAUACCUUGGCGUAACCAUUGAUGACCAGCUAUCCUGGCAGCCACAUGUCUCCAGUGUUGUGCAGAAGGCGUCAGUCGCCAUCAGCCAGCUAUGGCGCCAUGGGCGAUCUCUGCCCAUAAGAGCCCGCAGACUUUGGUACAUUGGCAUUGUGCAAGCACGACUAACGUACGCAUCCAAUGCAUUCUUCCCGUCGCUGACACAGCAGCUGCAGAGUCGUUUAAUCAAAUCCAGCAAAUCCGGAAUUCGUGCAAUUUUCCGACUCUCCAGCCGUGCAUCCACAGCCCCCCUCCUCGUGCGCUUAUCUAUUCGAUCCCUAACUCACAUUUUUAACUACAAGGUUUUGUUUUUGUUUUCCGUUGCCUACAUGAUCUUGCAAGUCCUCUUUUCUGCACCUACUUUCAGUUGAUGGCUAACACAGGCCAAGCAUCCCGGGAUGAUCGCCGAAUUACUCGAGGACAGGAGCAGCGGCUACUGCAAGUGCCUUUCCUUCCUGGACCUUCCGGUCGUCAGUCAUUGACAUUUGUGGGAAGCACUCUUUGGAAUGCCCUUCUCAGCGAUAUUUGCCUCCACAGUGCGGCGGUUGCCUUUAAACUGGCUCUGAACAGAAUUAAUUGUAAUUUGUAACCACCUUGCUCGGCAUCCCUACACAUUACUGCAUGUUUUCUCGGUGUUUUCUUCACUGCAUGCUUACACAUACACACACCCAUUUGAAUUAUAUACAAAC